AUGAACUGUAGUAUAAGGCUUUUUGUCAUAGUUGUACUUUUGGUACAUUUAACAUGGCUCUGUCAAGUAGAAACCAAACCGUGUCGACCUGGUUUAAUGAUGUGCAAUCGGCGCAAAAAUGGAAAGCGACUUUUUGUCCCUGGACAGGUUUGUGUAACGUAAAAUGUUUAUAACAUAUAUGUAUAGUAACGAUUGCUUUUUCGCAAGUUACUCAUUGCCGGUAAAAUUGUUUUUAUGUUGCUGUAUAGUACAGUCCCUGACUGGUACAGACUAUUAUGUUGCAUUUGAAGUCCACGUGGUCCUGUAAUUGAAACAGAACGAGGUGUUUUACUGGGCUACAGAGAAGUCAGUGAUGUCAUAAUUCAUAAGAAGAGCAAUGAUAUACGAUGAAUACGGGCUUAUUAUUAUCUUCACAGAACAAAGCUGCAAGGUUAUAUUUGUAAAGAUACAGAAAUANAUAAUAAACAAGUAAAAAUCACUACUAUACUGCUGUCGAUGAUGUGGCAAAGUACAGAAAUUGGCAGGUGUUAGAAAAUAAAUAAACAGAAUUAACUUACUUUUAAUAAGCACACAGCAAACAAAAAAUUCGGGCCUACAAACUUCACAAUAUCAUCGUUAAGACAAUGAGAUUUAUUACUUUUUUCUCUGGCCAAGCUGCCGCAUUAAAAGUUUUCUUUGCUACUUUAAUAUUCGUUAUUUUCUCUUUGAUCUGCUGUCCUUGAUUAAAGGAAAUUUUGAUCCACCCAAAGCUAUUAUAUUUUUCAAAGCAUUUGUUGAAACACCUCUGCAUUUACUUGGUCUAGUUAUUGAUUACCUGUCAUAACUCGCACCGCCAAAGCAAUUCACAGAUCCCUGCAUUUUUAGUGAUCUUUGCUAUUAAAGCUUCGCCGAAUCAUUAAAAAGCGUUGUCAAAGCGUUAUCGCUUUGCUAUACUCUAACAAGCUUAAAUUUACAAGGACUUAACUAUCCAAAAAUGAACCGUAGUAUAAGGCUUUUUGUCAUAGUUGUACUUUUGGUACAUUUAACAUGGCUCUGUCAAGUAGAAACCAAACCGUGUCGACCUGGUUUAAUGAUGUGCAAUCGGCGCAAAAAUGGAAAGCGACUUUUUGUCCCUGGACAGGUUUGUGUAACGUAAAAUGUUUAUAACAUAUAUGUAUAGUAACGAUUGCUUUUUCGCAAGUUACUCAUUGCCGGUAAAAUUGUUUUCAUGUUGCUGUAUAGUACAGUCCCUGACUGGUACAGACUAUUAUGUUGCAUUUGAAGUCCACGUGGUCAUGUCAUUGAAACAGAACGAGGUGUUUUACUGGGCUACAGAGAAGUCAGUGAUGUCAUAAUUCAUAAGAAGAGCCAUGAUAUAUGAUGAAUACGGGCUUAUUAUUAUCUUCACAGAACAAUGCUGCAAGGUUAUAUUUGUAAAGAUACAGGAAUGUAGGGUUUCUGGCGUUUGAGUCAAUACAAACAAAUUUCUGCAGCACGAGUGCACUAUACUGGGGUUGGUUCAGUUGAGUUGCAUCAUGGGUAGAAUGAAAAGACAUUUAAUUUUAAGUUUGUCGUUCUUCGUUGUGAUGCAUGCGACCUUUAGUUUAGCUGACGAGGGUGGUGACGUUUGUUCUAUGUAGCCUUCUUACGAUGGGCCAUUUCUAGCCGCUUUUUUAGUGCGACUGGAGCAUGAACUCAGACCAACAAAUCACUGACCAACCAAUGGAAGAAAAGCCUAUAGCGGAUCGACGAAGAUUGUUUUGAGCAUCUUUUUGAUAAAAUUAAUGGGUUUUAGUACCUUAGAUUAAUGUAUUUCUGUCCUAAAAAAAUUAAGAAGGAACGGGACAUAUGCUACAUAGAAAUUCUGACAACGUAAGGUCUUUAUCUCCCGGUGACAUCCUUAAUAUUCACAUAAGCAAAAUUCCACAAAAAACAGCAAAACAUUCAUAUCAAAAUGGUCUUUAAAAAUGUAGCUUAACCACGACAAAUAGCUAAAAUCCAAAAUGGCACUUAUCAAGACUGCUAUUUUCUAAUGACGUUGAAUGCCUUAAGCAGUGGUAUAUGCUCAGCCUACAGUAACAAAACGACGUUGCACAGCACAUUGUCUGGCAAAAAAGGGAAUUAUUUCCUCUUAUGAUAAAGAAGGGGUGCAAAUUUGGUGUGUUCCUUUAGGUGCUAGUACAAAAUGUAUCAUUUAAUUGGGAGCAAUUUAUAAAAGAAUACACUGAUCAUGCCAAAACCUUUUACCAGUUAAUUAAAUAACAACAAAAACUUGUUUUGCCCUUUCGUUGAGUUAUAUGUUUUAAAGGUAUUCUUAAUUAGCCUAAAAGAAGCUCGUCUGCGGCCGCUGUUAUUAUGGCAAUUAUUAGAAUUAUAAUUUUUUCUUAUGUCGGAGAAGGAAGCUGUCACCCAUUGCCUUCACAACAGAGAUGUUACCCCAAGCUCUUUGUUAAGUGUUAAUAAUCAGCAGAAACAAAAGACAAAAGACACUGGGUUAUAAAUUUGGGAAUUCUUGUAACUGCCUUAUUACCCGUAGAUCUAAACCUCUAAACUCUUCACAGAACCAAAUGAGCCGUAGAAUCUUCAUUUCUUUCUUUGUUGCCGUAUUUUUCGUACUACUAUUGUUUAAUAUGACGGAGGCAAGUUCUAAAGACAGAUGUAGGCCGGGCUCCAUGGUUUGCCGCUAUACUGGUCGAAGGGGAAUCAUUACAGGGGUAGGUGUACAAAAUACAAGCGAAGUGGGCAAACUAUGUCUGGACAAAACUGAUCUUGCUAUCAGACCGUGUCAGCGGUCAAGAUUAGCCUGAGACUGAUAUGAGGAAUUAUGCAGAUCUCCAAGGGUGUUAUCCCACUCCACCCGCGGCCUAUGCGGACUAAUUGUAAUGAGCAUAAAGAUCUCUUAUAGUAAGAAAGCAACAUCAAAAUCGUUAGUUAGCCACGUCUACACGUAGCAGUAAUGUGAUUAACAUUUAUAACAUGUAAGUAAAGUGCACGCUCUGAUAAGGCCUCUUUAGCUUCUAUGCUUUGUUUCCCAGUGAAGGUCUCAGGGGAAUUUACCCAUUAAUCCUCUCAUAAAUUAUGCGUACAAAUGCAUGCGAAUAAAAAUUGAAAAAAGAUACAGUUCCCUGGAGUAUCGUCACAUGACACACAUUUUGUUCACAAAACAUACAAGCUAAAAACCUUGCACAUAAAAAAAAGAGGCAAAAAAGCACAACCCAAAUUGAGAUGCUGAGCCGUUCACCAUUUGUUAAUUAAAUCUUUUUUCCACUUAUGUCCCGUCUCUUUUUCCCCCCUUAAAUUCAUGACAGAUAGAGGAUCAGCCUGUUCCAAAAAGACGCCUGACAGCAGAUGACAACGUGCAUUUAACGGUGAGUUUACUGUAAUGUUCAUUUUUCUGCGACUUUAAGAACAGCAUUUUAAAGACAAGUUGCCUUUUAUUUAAACAUUACCUCAAUUAAUAUGGUCCUUAAGUGACACAAAUAAGAUUAAUUAAUUCAAAUUACAGAUUCAAGAUGGUGGAAUUAAACAGUUCCCUCUUCCUAUCUUAAUGACGUCACCUUGACGCCACUGCUAUUGAUGAAGAUUCUCAGUGUGUUGUCAACUUUACAAUCUUGUCAAACACGUUCAUAUCUAUAUUUUUAGGGGAAGGAUAGCAAAGUUCAACAAGAUAAAGCCAAGUGACGACACGUUGUCGCCUCAAGUGAAUUAAUUUGUAUUUUGAUGAUAAAUUGAUGAGUACAGGAGUAUCUUCUUUCUGUUUCAACUUGGUGGCCGUAUCAUGAGUGCUUAAAGUUAGAGAGAGGGUGGGAGGCCUUUGAAGUCCCACGCCAGCUUCAGGAUCAGGGUGUCUAAUGAAGCCGGAUAUUUCAGUGUUGCCAAAAAAAAAAAAAACUAAGACAAAUUGAUUAAACAUUGAGCGUAUAAUCGCAUCUUGUGCACUAUCGGGAGUGGAAGGCUGAACGCGAGUAUAAGUAGAGUAUACGUAAAACAUUCUGUGUUACUCCCUAAUGAUUGUUUUUUCACGCGUAUCCUGAAAUAUUCAUGUUUAUUAUUAUUAUAUUUUUAUUUCUAGAAUCUUAUCGACGAGGAAAACAAAAAAAUUCUGGGAAGAUAA